AUCACACACUUGCCGCAAAACAAAACCAAAACAUUGAGCGGAAGUACGUGCACCACCAGUGCAAGUCCCAUUUCUGUGGGACACGAGCGAAGAAACGUCAAAGUGUUGUCGAGUCAGUCCGACGGUCGGUGACGAGGGCGAGAUAAACUUCAGAAAUGGCUGCUGAGCUCAAGUACAUGUCUGGUUUUGACAAUGAAUUUGCCACUGAAGACCCCAGAUGUCCUGGAGCCUUGCCAGAGGGCCAGAACAAUCCACAAAAAUGUGCUUAUGGACUUUAUGCUGAGCAGCUAUCAGGUUCUGCAUUUACAGCCAUGAGGCAUGAGAACAAAAGAACAUGGCUUUACAGGAUUCGACCCUCUGUCAUUCACAAACCAUUCAAGAAGAUCGACAAUGGUUUGUUGACUCAUGACUGGGACACUGUGGAGCCAAACCCAAAUCAGUUGAGAUGGAAUCCCUUUGACUUCCCCAAGAAAAAGCAGGAUUUCGUUGAGGGUCUUGCCACAAUUUGUGGUGCUGGAGACCCAAAAGCCCGCAGUGGCAUUGCAAUCUACAUCUACACUUGCAACAAACCUAUGGAAAAUAAGUGCCUGUACAACUCGGAUGGCGAUUUUUUGAUUGUUCCACAAGAAGGGACUCUGUUCAUCACAACAGAAAUGGGAAAAAUGAAUGUUGCACCCAAUGAAAUUUGUGUUAUACAGCGAGGCAUCCGAUUCAGCAUUGACGUGAAGGGCAACUCAAGGGGCUACGUCCUGGAAGUGUUCUCUGACCAUUUUGUUCUCCCAUCGCUUGGACCCAUUGGUGCCAACGGGUUGGCCAAUCCCCGGGACUUCUUGUCGCCGGUGGCUUGGUAUGAGGAUCGGGAAGUUAGAGAGUAUACGGUCAUCAGCAAGUACCAUGGUCAUUUGUUUUCUGCCACUCAGGGUCAUUCUCCUUUUGAUGUGGCAGCCUGGCAUGGCAACUAUGCUCCGUACAAGUAUGACCUCAGCAAGUUUAUGGUCAUCAACUGUGUUGCCUUUGAUCAUGCGGACCCCUCUAUCUUCACGGUGCUGACGUGUCCUUCUUUGAAGCCCGGUGUGGCCACGGCGGACUUCGUCAUCUUCCCACCAAGAUGGUCUGUGCAGGAGAACACCUUCCGACCUCCCUACUAUCACAGAAACUGUAUGAGCGAGUUCAUGGGUCUGAUCUAUGGAAAUUAUGAAGCCAAGGAGGACGGCUUCAAGCCUGGGGGUGGCAGUCUGCACAGCAUGAUGACGCCACACGGGCCAGACUACGACUGCUUUGAAAAGGCUUCAAAUGCUGAACUAGGACCUCAGAAAAUUGCUGAGGGAACUAUGGCCUUUAUGUUUGAGUCAUCAUUCAGCAUGGCAGUCACCGAGUGGGCCAACAACACCAAGGUGGACAGCAACUACUUCCAGUGCUGGCAGCCUCUCAAGAAGCAUUUCAACCCCAAGGAUAGCGCCAAGGAUGACAAGGAAAAGAAGAAGUAAAUGUUUUCCCCUGGCAAGCUGCAGACAGCAAACAGCCUUGUCUCAAGCCUCUUCUCAAUGUUUGUGAAAGAUUUUCUUUUGUUUAUUUUUUUCCCAUGUUGGAGAACGUUCUUGAGGACAUAUUUUUUUCUUGUCUUUUUUCCUAAUGACUUACCUGCUUAAGACUUUUGUGUGCUGUAUGGAAAUCCUCUAGAUAAUUCCUUCUUAUUGCCAUGCUUAGUGUUGUUUUUAAGUAUUUACACCAGAAUGUUCGGUCAAUAAUCCAGGAGAUGAGAUUCCAUAUCAUGGCCGUCACAAGAAAAAUGAUUAACUUUAAUGGUUCCUACUCUCUCUUUCAAGCUGAUUAUUAACAAAGUUACACAUUUUUCUUGCAACUGCAUCGAUAUAUGGUUUACAUUGUGUUUAGGUUUUUAUGUCCACAAAAGCUUCAUGGGGCAGCUAUUUUCUCAUGAAUAUUUAUGUUAUACAUCAUCCCAUAUUUCUGUUAAACAUUCGCCUAUCACUUAUGUUGCAAUUCUCACUGUGAAGCAACAAAGCAUAACUCAGGUUGAUGUCAACUCUUGCGUGUCUCUGUGAAUGGAAUUUCCUUUUUGGGGGAUGCAGCUCUGUUAAUCUUGUGGUUAUAGAACUGAUUUUUGUUGUUGUUAAAACGAAGUUUUUGUGAUUAUUUACUGACUGUACUGUAACUUUCUUUUUUGUGUUACCUGGAUUGUAGAAAUAUUUGUCCAUGUGUAUUGUGCUAGUCACGAAAAGUGUGUCAAUUUUAAUUUUUCUGAUUUCAAUUUUUUUACUUAUUACCACACAGCUUUAACU